GUAAAUAAAUUACAAGAAUAAAUUAAGCUUAAGCCAAAAUCGCUCUGGAUCCCUAUUCCCUCCAUAGUUUAGAGUAUAGAAAUACAAUACAAAGACUAGAGAAGAAGAGAGAGCCUUCCCUCUCUCCCUCCCAAAACAUCUUCUACACACUUUGAUUCUGGAUCCACCCAACCUUCUUCACCUACUGCUUCUAGGUUGUUUCUCUUCACUGCGUGGUUUCUGGACUGUUUUAAAAGAUGCUUCCUCUUUCUCUGCUUAAGACAGCCCAAGGGCACCCUAUGUUGGUAGAACUGAAGAAUGGUGAGACUUACAAUGGACAUUUAGUUAAUUGUGAUACAUGGAUGAACAUUCAUCUUCGUGAAGUCAUUUGUACUUCUAAGGAUGGAGACAGGUUUUGGCGAAUGCCUGAAUGCUACAUCCGGGGGAAUACAAUUAAGUAUCUUCGAGUUCCUGACGAGGUGAUUGACAAAGUUCAAGAAGAAACUAAGAGUCGAUCAGAUAGGAAACCACCUGGAGUAGGACGUGGCAGAGGAAGAGGUAGGGAUGAGGGUCCAGGUGGACGGCAACCUAAAGGGAUUGGCCGUGGACUAGACGAUGGAGGUGCUAAAGGCCCUGGUGGAGGCCGUGGCAGGGGUGGAUCUGGUGGUAGAGCUGGUGGAAGCAGAGGUGGGGGACGAGGGCGUGGUUGAUUUGGUGGUUAGUUGGUGAAACAAAAUAUUGGACCAUUGGCUGCUUUUAUAGGCAUAUUGGUUCCAUGUUCAAGUCAAAUGUCUCUAGUUUCCGGCCUCCGAUAUUAUUUUCUACUGCUGUGUAACUCAUUUAGAAUGUUGCUUUAUAAGUAGCAGCAAAUGUAGCUAGUGUUUUUCUUUCUUUUUUUACUGUUUUACAUAACUAGAAGCUAUUUAUUGUGUUUCAUUUUGGGUGAGUUUGAGGAAUAUAUGCGUGCAUUUGCCAAAGUAAUUCCUGCUUGGCCUUAUUAUUGUUUUUCUUUUAUAAACGACUUUGUUACAUCUAUAUAUUUUGCUCCAGUUUCUUUUCAUU